AUGCUCAAAAUCCCAUCCUUCAGCAGCCGCCGGUCGACGGACGUGCUGGCCGAGGGUGCGAGGAAGCCUUCGUUCGCGGUUCUGAGAAGAGGAAGAAUAGCGUCGGUAGAAGAAUUAGCGCCAGAGCAGCAAGUGGGGGACGAAGAGCUGGAGAGGCGCAGGCGCAGCCUCGAGCGGAGAACAGUCGUCAUCAGGCCCGACCCGGCCGAUGACGGAAGCCCCCCUUAUACCAAGGAAGAGGCCCGUCGGAUCCGGCACGCGAAGCGGAAGGUGGAGGGAGACAUUUGCUGCGAUGAGGAAUGGAAGCCUGACGUUGCCAUGGCUGCUUCCGCUACCACUCGUGGGUCGUUCUCGAAGCGUGUUCGGGCGUGGGUUAUCCGGUCCUCGUCAGCGUCUUUGUCGGUAGCGGACGACCAGAAGAAGAAAAGAGACGAUAUGAUCGAGGAGUUUGUUAUUCUUGAGGAUUUGGCAGCAGCAGAGAGAAAGGGGAUGUCGGUGGGCCACGGUGACGAUGACGCGAAUCCCUACGGCGUGAUCGAGUGGCGCGAGGGAAGACCACCGUCACGAGAGUCGUCAGCCGCUGUGACGUCCGGUUCUGAAGCCGACGACUACUACGACAACGACGACCAGCAGCAGUCGUUGCUGAACCGUCCGCCCAACAAGGCUGAAUGGGCGGCCACGGUUGUUGUCGUCGAGAAGAAACAACCUUCACCACAGCCCUCCACCCCCACAACCGGAAGAGGUGCUGCUGCCAGACCGACACCUCCGCUACGGCGGCAAACCACGCUGGAGAGCAUCAUCCACAAAGUCCCAUUUCUGCACCACCAUCACCGCAACUCGGACAAAUCGACGAACACAAUUGCUUCAGCUCGCCCUCCACCCACCAACCCCCACGACCACGACGACGGCUUCAUCGACCACUCCCCCAAGCCCUCCUCUUCAUACAUCUCCGAAGACGCGGACAACAAGCAGCAACACGCCCACCCCUCUACUCUGCAAAAAUGGUUCGCCCAGCCGCACAGUCGCCGCGCCCAACGCGCCGCCAUCUCGUCUCCCGACGAGUUCUUCGACCUGCUCGCGAAGAAGCACCCGCUGCUCUUCGCCAACAUGCCCGAGGUCCAGGACUACGUCGACGUGCCGGGCCCCUCGAACAAGCUCGAGCGGCUUGCCGACGACCAGCUGCCCCAGCUGGCGCUCGACGAAUAUGCCCACCAGGAAGAAGAGGAGGCGCAGAGGGAGCACGUCCGGACCUUGUUGCACGAGGCGCACGAGCUGUGGGUUAAUGGCGCAUUGGUGGAUUAUGCGAAGUACAAGGGGUGGCGGUUGGACAUGGACUGGGGGGAGCGGGACAGCAAGAAGGCCGGCAGCGGCGGUGUUCACGCCGCUGCUGGGGAGAAGAAGGAGGGGAAAGAAAGGAAGGACUCGGCUCAAGGGCAGACCGCGGAGGGCAAUCUGUGUUUAAAGAAGGUAAUGGAGGGUAUGGGCAGGAAAGUCGGGGGCGUGUUCACGAGGAAGAGGUCAGGAUUGGCGGCGAGGGUUGGAAUGGGCGAGGGGUAA